CUCUCUCUCUCUGCCUCUCACUCACUGUCUCUUUAGCUCUGCACACCCGCCUUCCCUCUCUCUCUCUCUUCUUCCCUUUCUCCUUUCUCUGUUAAACCACCCCCUCAAACACACCUCCUCCUGCCCUUUUUCGUCUUUUUCCUCCUCCUCGUCUUCUUCGGCCUCCUAAUCAGACGGCUCACCUCCCUCCACGCCACCAACGCCUUCUUCAUCCCCUGUGACCCCCUCCCUCUCUCCCUCUCGCUCUCUCUCUCUCUCUAUAUAUAUAUAUAUACACACACACACUCGCCUCGUCCUCUAGGGUUUCGCAGAUUCACCCAUACACAGUUUCGUUCUCUCUCCCUCUAUCUGCGUGCCGCGACUUGUCGUACUUCUUCGGCCUUCGAUGCCAGGGACUUCGUGCUCGGUUCGAUAAUUUGUCCACAAAAUCUCUUCGAGUCCCGAUGAGGUUUUUGAGUUGGCUUUGUCAAUAACGGCUGCGAAUUUUUGAAAUUUGGUUAAUUGGAGCGGUAAGUUUGGGUUUCUUGUGGCCGUGGUUGAUUUUGAUUUUUGGAUGUUACAUGGCGAUUGAAAAGAAUAGCUUUAAAGUGUCGAGGUUUGAUCCGGAGUUUUCACCUGGUAGUGGGGAGACUAUGUCCAGUGAUGAGGAUGAGCUUCAACGGCGUGGCUCGGUGGUUGAAUCAGAUGACGAUGAUGAAUUUGAUGAUGCAGAUUCUGGGGCAGGGUCCGACGACUUUGAUUUGUUGGAAUUGGGAGAGACCGGCGCCGAGUUUUGCCAAGUUGGGAAUCAGACUUGUAGCAUUCCAUUGGAGCUCUAUGAUCUUCCUGGUCUGGAGGAUAUUUUGUCCGUGGAUGUGUGGAAUGAGUUCUUGACUGAUGAGGAGAGGUUAAGUCUCACCAAGUUUCUCCCGGACAUGGACCAAGAGACGUAUAUGAUUACUCUCAAAGAGAUUUUUACAGGUUGCAAUUUGCACUUUGGGAGCCCCAUUAAGAAGUUGUUCGACACAUUGAAGGGAGGCUUGUGUGAGCCAAGGGUAGCUCUUUACCGGGAAGGUUUGAAUUUCUUUCAGAAGCGGCAACACUACCAUCUUUUGAGGAAUUAUCAGAAUAAUAUUAUCAGUAACCUUUGUCAGAUAAGGGAUGCUUGGCUUAAUUGUAGGGGAUACAGUAUUGAAGAGCGGCUCCGUGUUUUGAAUAUUAUGAAAAGCCAGAAGAGUUUGAUGUCCGAGAAGAUGGAGGAUUUUGAGUCUGAUUCAUCAGAAAGAGUGUCAGAUGAACGUUUGUGGAGCAGAAACAUCAAGGACAGGAAAGUUGCAGAUAAAGUGGGUCGUCAUUCUGCUUCUGGAGUGGGCCCAAAUCUGGACAUACCUUCGCGAGGACGGUUGAUGACUUUGGAGCCAGAAAAAUAUGCAAAGCCGAAUGUUAAAGGUAAAUUGAAGUUGGCUGGGUUGAAGCCACCAUCAGCUAAGGAUUUAGCAGGCCGCAAUCCUUCUGUUUACCAUGGUUUAGAUACAAAUUCUGGGCCAUACGGUUCGAUAGCUGCUCCUCCUCGGCAGAGUAAGGCUGCGGGAUAUGAUUCAGCAACGGCAUUCCGGACAAGGGAUCAGAUGAGAAUCAGUGAUGAUUCUGAAGAAAUGACAUAUGGAAUGGGUCUCCGGCAGGAUCAAAAUGUCUCACGUGGCACUGUGAUGGAGAAAUCUGGGAUUUUGAAAGUGGGAAAGAAGCGUGGCGUUUUAAGAGGCGAUGAUUUAGCCACUGAGAGUUUUAUGGCUCUGCCUUUGUCUUCAAAAAGUGAUUCAAUUGCCUUUGGUAGGAACAAGAAUUCAAGUCAGUUGUCAGAGGUGAAGGCAUUCACUUCAAAGCCACCUAAUAUGAAAACCUCCUAUGACUUUGUUAAAAAUUCCAAGUAUCCCGAGAAUGUUCAGCAAUUCUCAGUUGGGGUUUCAUCUAAAGGCCGGGAAGUGAAAGCAAAUAGAGUUGACUCAUCAGAUUGUGCUGAACCAUUUUGGCAUAAGAAGGCUCCAGGGGAGGCUUUUGCUGUUGAUUCCUCAUUUAGACCAGAUGAUUGGGAUGCUAAAAGUAAAAAGUGGAAGACGGGGAGGGAGUCUCCUGAUCUGCAUUACAGAUCACUUAGGACUUCGUCACCACAGAUGAAUGAAAGAUAUUCACUUUCUGAGUUGAGAGCAGAAACAUCACAAGAGAAGACUAAAGGUAAUUUUGUGCAGAAUGGAAUGAAAGGUAAUAGAAUGUUGAUGAAAAGUGAAGACACAGAAUCAGACUCAUCAGAGCAAUUUGAUGAUGAUGAGGAUACCAAUCCUUUGUUGAGAAGCAGGUCGGCUUUCCCAAUUGAUGUUAUGGAAGGUUCUCGAUCUAAGUUGUUGCAAUCUGGCCUAGAGGCUAAAAGGCCCAAAUUUGGGAAGAAAAAUAUGAAGGAGAUUGCACGGGAUCUUGAUGGGACCAUGCACCUUUCCAAGAAAAUUGGUGGCUUUAGCAAUCAUAGGCAUGUGCCAGAAGUAGAAAACUACUCUUUGAUGCAGAAGGGUAAGAUGCGGGAUACCAGUCCCUUGCACGAUUCUGCCUCUAGGGCUUUGGGAGACGGCUAUAUUUCAGGCGUGGGUAAAUUUAAUGAUGAUGUUUAUACGAAACAAGUACACAAAAUGGGGAGGAAUGGUAAGUUACGUGGGGAACAUGUUGAAAGGUUACAUAUGUCCUCAUCAAAGACCCGCCCUUCUGAGAGGAAGCAGAAAAAAAGAGGUGUUAGCCAUGAUUAUUUGCAUGACGAUGUUGCUGUUGAGGAGGAUGAUCCCCUUGAUAAACAAUCGAUUGCCAAUGAUAAAGGGAGGAGUAGAUUUGCAAAGAAAGGUCAGGGUAAAGAAGCACGUUUAAAUGAUCGCAAUGGAAGAUCUGAGGCUCCAUUAUUAGUUUGCAAUUCAGGGAUAAAGAAGCGGAAAGGAAAGGAGGAUAUAACAGAUAUGGAUGAUAGAGAUGAAGACGGUGAUCUACAGCCUGAUGGUCCAUGGCAAGUUGAUGAUUCCACUCCUUUGAAGAAGAAAGCAAAAAGGAAACUGGACCAAGACCCUGGUAGUUCAGACAUGGAAAACUCUGAGCCACGUGUUACAGAAAUGGGAGCAGUGGAGAUGGAGCUGGAAACCAAACCACAGAAAAAACAGUUUACCCUCAUUACACCUACGGUUCAUACUGGCUUCUCUUUUUCUAUUAUACAUCUUCUUUCUGCAGUUCGCUUGGCAAUGAUUACUCCACUUCCAGAAGAUAUAGAGGUUGGCACCCUAGAGGAGCAAAACAAAAAUCAUGACAGUGUUGAUGGGAUUCCUUCUCUUGAGAAGGUGGAUGUCAAUGUCUCAGAGAAUGGUGGGCAAGGGAUUGUGCCUUCUCUUACUGUUCAGGAGAUUGUUAACCGUGUCAGGUCAAACCCUGGAGAUCCUUGUAUACUUGAGACUCAAGAGCCACUACAGGAUUUAGUGAGAGGAGUUCUGAAGAUAUUUUCAUCGAAAACAGCACCUUUAGGAGCGAAAGGUUGGAAGGCACUUGCAUCCUAUGAAAAGUCUACAAAAAGUUGGUCCUGGAUUGGUCCAGUUUCUCAUAUUUCAUCAGAUCACGAGACUAUUGAGGAGGUGACAUCUCCUGAGGCUUGGAGUCUUCCUCACAAAAUGCUGGUGAAGUUAGUUGAUUCUUUUGCUAACUGGCUGAAAAGUGGUCAGGAGACACUUCGACAAAUAGGGAGUCUCCCUGAACCGCCUCUGGCACUGAUGCAGAUCAACCUGGAUGAGAAAGAAAGGUUCAGGGACCUGAGAGCUCAAAAGAGUCUUAACACCAUUAGCCCAAGCUCUGAAGAAGUCCGUUCCUAUUUUCGCAUGGAGGAAGUUCUUAGGUAUUCAGUUCCUGACAGGGCCUUCUCUUACACGGCAGCUGAUGGUAGAAAAUCCAUUGUUGCUCCCUUGAGAAGGUGUGGUGGGAAGCCUACUUCAAAAGCUCGAGACCAUUUUAUGCUGAAACGUAAUAGGCCACCGCAUGUUACUAUUCUUUGUCUUGUGAGAGAUGCUGCUGCUAGAUUGCCUGGAAGCAUUGGUACCAGAGCAGAUGUCUGUACGUUGAUAAGAGAUUCUCAAUAUAUUGUGGAAGACGUGUCUGAUGCACAAGUUAAUCAAGUUGUUAGUGGGGCCCUGGACCGUUUGCAUUAUGAACGUGACCCUUGCGUGCAAUUUGACGGGGAAAGGAAAUUAUGGGUUUAUUUACAUCGGGAAAGAGAAGAAGAAGAUUUUGAAGAUGAUGGUACUUCAUCUACGAAGAAAUGGAAGCGGCAGAAGAAAGAUGCUGCUGACCAAUCUGACCAGGGUGCUGUGACGGUUGCAUAUCAUGGGACUGGUGAUCAGACUGGAUAUGAUUUGUGCUCUGAUCUCAAUGUAGAGCCGUCUCAUAUUGAUGACGAGAAGGGAAUGGAACUUGUAGAAAAUGAUGUGAGACAAAAUGUGGAGGAUAAUGUUGAUAUGAAUCAUGGAUCUGAGCACAGUGACACUCAUCAGAGUCAUCCGCUUUGGGAUGAUGGGUUAAAUUCUAUGAGAGAAGACAAAUUGAUCUGUCAAGAAAAUUCCACAAAUGAUGAUUUUGAUGACGAAACAUUUGGGAGAGAGGCCAGUUGAACUCUAAGUGCAGUUAUUGAGAGGAAUUCUUCAGGUUGGUGAUCAGCUUACAUUAGAUGGCAUGGCCAUUCGCAUCCAAGGUGCGUGUUAUACAUUGAAGGUUGUUAGAUGUACAUUUAUGUCAGCGGGAAAUAUAGAAUAGAAACUUGAUCUCGUUCGAGGCCAUUGAAUAUGUCCAGUACUGAUGGAUAUCUAUAUGCUUCUGCAUCCUAUAAAUAAUGCAUUUUUGUCUGAA